AUGUAUGAAAUGGGCAACAUGACUGAUGAUAUUCAGCGACGCUGCUCGCUCCCCUCUCUGAAAUCUUCCACCUCCGAUGUGGGCUCCAACCUCGGCGAGGACCGCCGUCUUCCUCCUCUGCCACGCAUGGAGCCGCUGCCUCGGGGCCCCUUCAACCCGUUCCAGGCCAAGGAGGGUUUCCCCACUACACCGGGUCCCAAUGACUCGUUCCAGUUCAAGUCUCCCUGGUCGAGUGGAGAGCAAAUUGUUGCCCCUCCAUCGCCUGCCAACUCUGCCGAGAGCUCCUGGCAGGAGUCCUUCGCAGCCCAGCAGGCUGUCUCUUCCGACUGGCCCAACGAUCUCUCCCAACCCGAGAUCAUGGCUCUGAUUGCCCCUCAGAACAUCAACCGCAAGGCUCCUCUGCAGCAGCUCUGCGGACGCAAGCGCAAGAGCAGCACCGAUGGCAACGAACCCGAUGACCAGCGCGAAAAGCACCGCAUCGCGGAGGGCAACCGCCGCAAGAACCUUAGCCAGCUGCACCGCGAGCUCGACAGCCGCAUCCACGAUUUCUUCCUGGAGCGAGCCGGCUGGAACCCAUCCAAGAGCCUGCCCCAAUCCAAGGAGCACAUCGUGCAAGGAGCAGUUUAUCUGAUCGACUUCAUGCUGGCCAUUAUCAUGCACCUCAUUCGUCAGGAGCAAGUCACACCCCAGCUCUCAGAGAAGCUGCAGCCUCAAGUUCGCUGCAUGCAAUUGCAGCAGCUGGUCACCUCCCUCCAGCAACAGAACCAAACGGUCCAGUCCCAGCUCCGCGCCGCAAAAGCCGAGAACGAGCUCCUGGCAGACCGCAACCGAGCCCUGGAGUUCCAGCUCAAAUCCUACGAGCAGAUGUUCCGCUCCCCCAAGCCCGAGAGCACCAGCCCUCGCCCACUGAUCGAAGUCCCGGAGCACAAGCGCCAGAAGAAGGCCCUUCCGGGCUUGCGAGUCUUCUGCGAUGAGAUCGGUGCCUCACUGGGCCCCCAAACACCAGUCCAUCACGAACCCCUGCACAGCGCCACCUCCCAGACCUUCGGCAGCGCAUACCUCACAGCGACGCCGCCAGUGACUGGUCCUUCAUCCCCUGCCUUCCCAUCAUCUCAGAACUCCUUCACAUUUCCGGCUUCGCGCCGCCAGUCUCUGAUCCCCUCGCCAUGA